GUAUUUGGUGUCUUUGGGUACUCUACAAAUCAUCUAUCUAAGUUCCCAAACUCCCAUCCCUACUACUACCCUAUAGAUAGGGAUCCUGUUGGGGAUUACCUAAACCCACCGAACCCAACCGGCGCGGUCGAAUCCGCCUGAGAGCCUGACCGCACGCUCCGCCAUCGGUCGCCCAUUCCUUCGUUCCCAUUCUGCCUUGCCGCUUUUCUCUUCCACCCCCGUCUACCGUCUACCUUUCUCCUUCCACACAGGAAGGAAUCCAAUACAGACCUCACAUCUACCCUUUCCACCGCGCGCUUGAAUUCACCAUGGAUGCCAGAACCCCGGCCGAAUCGGCCGGCAAACGACCGAGAUCGCCGACGGGUGACUUCCCUCCCAUCGCCUCCAAGAUCCCCAAAACGCAUUCCAAUCACCUACAGAUCAACUAUCUCGCCCGUCAGUACCCCGAUAACCUUCCCCUGGUCUCCGCCGAUGACAACAUGUCCGCCAUCAUCCACUUGAUCGGCGAGUACGACGGCGUCUUGCACCGCCACGAAAGCAUCGCCGGCAACCUAGGCGCCUGUCCCUUGGGCCCCAUCCUGAUCAAGCGCUUCGAGCGCCUCUUUGACGGUCCGCCGCGCGUGCUCAAAUCGCACGGAAAGGACCCCGCCAACAUCACCUGGCUGGACGUGGUCGAGUUUGCCAAGAGCAAGCCCGAGCAGUUCAACCUGGAGAAGUCCCGCAAUGGCGUGCGCGUCUGCCAAUUCUACACCAAGCAGUGUCGCGUCGAGAUCAGCGAGGAGGACUUUGUGCUGAUCGCUUCCGGCAUGCCCCAGAAGAUGAUCCCCCCGCAACCCAUCAUCGAGGAUGAGGAGAAGGAGCUGGGAGCCUUGGAGAUCCUGGAGAAGAACAUCCAGCAGAUCAUCCAGGUUGCCGACCAAGUCUCCGCUCGUGCCCGUCAGCUGAAUCACCGCCUGAAGAAUCGUCGCACUGCCAUUGUCACGCGACGGGAGAACGACCUGUCGCUCCACUCCCAGCAGCAACAGCAGCACGGAUCCUCCUCCCCGCCGUGGCGCGAGCUCAACGGGAAUGGCCCCGUCCCGAUCCAGAGCAACGCCUCGUCUGCCACGCACUCCCCGUCCACCGGGUUUGUCGCCGUCAACUCCGGUCGCCCCGCGGCAGAUGUGACCCUCGACGACCCCUCGCUGUCGUCGCACUUCAUGUUCUCCCACUCGAAUACCGACAACGUCACCAUCAUCAAUGGCACCUCCAUCAAAGGCGCGUCGCCCACAACCCGCGCCGAGCUGAUGAAGAAGUUCUUCACCACGCAGGACCGCCAGUCCCGCGCCCUCGAGGAGGCGCCGUCCACCGAGCGCCAGCCGUCGCGCCCGCGCGCACGCGCCUCCGACGCCGCCGAUCACCCCAUGUACACCCCCGGCGCCGCGACAGUCGCCAUCCCCCACACGCCGUCGUCGCUGCUACCACCGCCCAAGUCGCACCACCACGAGAAGGACGACGGCGGCCCGUUCAAGAUGGAGAUGGUCGCGCGCAUGGAGGAACUACAGCGCGGGGAGCGCAUCAUGCCACCCUGCGACCGCUGCCGCCGGCUCCACAUGGACUGCCUGAAGAACCUGACCGCCUGCAUGGGCUGCACCAAGAAGCACGCCAAGUGCUCCUGGAAGGACGUCAAGGAGGACGAGCUGCACGAGUACCGCGCUGCAGGCAACAGCAUCCGGGAGCCCCGCACCGCCGACGAAUCCUCCGGCAAGGACUCCCCAUCCACCACCGCGGCGCCCGCCCCGUCGACACAGGGCACGCCGUCCACAGCGACAGCUGCCAUCCCGUAUCCCCCAGGGACCCCCCACCGACUCGACACCUCCCCCCGACGAGCCAUGAGCGAGAUGCACAGCGCGCCGCGCUCAGUCUACGAACGACGCCCGAGUCUCCACCAACGCAACGACCCAGACGACGACGACCCAGACGCCAACCAACGCCUCAUGCAAGCCAUCCUCGACACAGUGGACCACCACGCGCGCGCAGCAGCCGUACACGAAGUGACCCACGAACGCGAACAAGAACGCGAUCGCGAGCGCAACCUGGUCCGCGCAUGAAGCAUGAAGCAUGAACCCUUGUCUAUAUGUUUGUUUCUUUUUUUGUCUGCCUUUUUUACGAUGUAUUGUCUCUAUCUGUCUCUUUGUGUAGCGUUUAGCGGAUAUCCCGUGUUGGAGUUGUUGUGGCUACUCUAUAUCUAGUUACUUGUAUAUUCUAUAUUGCAGAAGUCUAUGGGCUU